GUCAAUCCUCGACUGAUCAUCAUGCCUGACGCACCCUCCGUCAAAGCGCCCAAGAAGGGCUCAAAGAAAGCUGUCUCCAAGACCGUCAGCAAGACUGGCAAGAAGAGGAGAAAGUCCAGGAAGGAGAGCUACGCCAUCUACGUGUACAAAGUGAUGAAGCAGGUCCACCCCGACACCGGCAUCUCCUCCAAGGCUAUGGGCAUCAUGAACUGCUUUGUGAGCGACAUCUUUGAGCGCAUCGCCGGUGAGGCCUCUCGUCUGGCUCACUACAACAAGCGCUCCACCAUCACCUCCAGGGAGAUUCAGACCGCUGUCCGCCUGCUGCUGCCCGGAGAGCUGGCUAAACACGCUGUCUCUGAGGGCACCAAGGCCGUGACCAAGUACACCAGCUCCAAGUAAACUCUGCUGCUGAUAUACCAACAACACAAAGGCUCUUUUAAGAGCCACCCACUACAUCUGAAGACAUAUUCCUGAUAAUGCUCCUACCACUGACGUAUAGCUGUAUGAUUAAUGAAACAAUUAAUCUUUUUUUGCUGAAGCUGUAGAUGCUUUACUAAUUUAGGGCUUUUGUAAAUGUUUUGAAUUGUCGCCUAUAUUACUUGCUCCUACAAUGUGUAUUAUGUAUUAGUUUAUUUCUAGAUCCUGUCACUCUUGUUUUUUAUUUAGCCCUCAUUAUCACUGUAGUGAUGGCCAUUAAAGUAAGUAUUUAUUUCAUCUACAAUGUCACUUAAAGUAAUUAAUUACUCCCCCGAUUUGAAGUAAAGGCAUUUAAAUCUGCAAUAACUUGUUUAGUUACUUUGUGUUAAGUGUGGAUAAAUACUUUUUGAGUCGUAAUCAUGUUUUCCCCUAUACAGCUUUAGGUUUUUUUUCUGUAGCCUACUUAAUUUCCAUGAUAUAAAUAAGAUCAAAUAUAAUUUGGUGCUAAAUGGUAGUUAUAAUGUAUUAUUUUAUUCUGUAUACAAAGGUAAUACAAUUACAUUUUAUUUGGCAGAUGAUUUUAUCCGAAGCCACUUACAAACAAUGAACAAACUUAUUGAGUUUUGUGAGAGCUGAAUUAUGUUAU